AUGCUGAGAAGGUUGCACCACGCUAUGCUGAAGCGUGUUGUCAACUCGUUAGGCCUAGUGGAGAACACUAAUAAAAAUCCAAGAAAGAACAAAGUGAGAGGUACCAAGACAUUCCCUGAGGAUGGUUUGCGAACAAAGGAUCUAUAUGUGAGGAUAGUUCAUAAGGGUGGACAACAAGAGUUGUGUAAUCAUGCAUUCCCAGCAUCUAAGUUGAUGGCUAAGUACCCCGGGAUGUGUGUUGCAAGAGCACAAGUCUUCACGGCUCCUCAACACUCAGUGCUAAGGCCUGAAGAGCAGUUGGUGCUUGGUCACAAGUAUGUCAUAAUCUCAUGUAAAGAUGUGGAGAAGCUGAAGCGUAAACGUCAUCAGCAUGGCAAAACCAAAGAGCACAAUGGGGUGGUAAAUUUGAAACCAAACAUCAUUAGGUCUCCUAGAGGACACAAACCAAAAGAGAAUGACAAAAAUGUAGUAGCAGGCCAUGAUGUGAUGAACACAAGAAUAACUCUAUCUCCCAGUGAAUGCGAAGUCCAUGAGAAUGAUGAAGUCAAAGAGGCAAAUGGGGAUGGAGGAAAGAAAGUGAAUGCAGAGAUAAAUGUGUCCCUAUGUGGAGAGGAUGUAGAGAAAGUUCAAUGCUUUGCAAAAGAUUUUUAUGUUGCAAAGGUUAAGUCAGCAAAAUAUUCAAGAAAAAAAGGAAUAAAAGUGAAGAAAACAUUUUCUCCACCUCUUCCUAAUGGAAGAUCAUAUAGGAGUUUGAGAUGGGAACCCAGCCUUUCCACAGUGCCUGAGCUCUCUCCAUGA